CAUAAAACUACGUCACUCUGCGUCAACACUGCGGUGUGUCUAUAUUGAUAAAGUGACGUUCCUGUAGUACUGGCUAAGUUUUUGUUCAUAAACUGACUGUCGCUUCCUUAAUUAAUGGCUUGUCCUGUCAGUAACACGGUGGAGCUGAACCCCGCCCUCCUCCCUCUGGACUGGCUUCUGGGUACCUGGGAGUGUGAUGAACCGGGAGAGGGCUGCUUCCCCACUAUAAAACCUUUCCGCUACACAGAGACACUGCACUUCAGUCAUGUAGGACAACCAGUCAUCAACUUCAUGUUCAAUGCAUUUCAUGCAGAGUCUAAGAAGCCGCUGCACAGAGAGUGUGGUUUCAUUCGAAUGCAGCCAGGCACUAACAGAGUGGCCUUCAUCAUUGCACAGAACUCAGGUCUGGUGGAGAUUGAGGAGGGAGAGCUGGCAGGGGAGCAGCUAAGCCUGCAGUCCCAGCAACUAGCCCGAAUCUCUUUUGCAAAGCAGCCUCACGUAAAGCAGAUUUGCCGAGUGUUUCAGCUCCGGCCUGAUGGGAAGCUGGAGCAGACAGUUUCUAUGGCAACAGACAACCAGCCACUGAUGCAGCAUUUGCACAUCACAUACCGUCGAUCGUCUUGACCCAGCAAGCAGGCAGGCUUCUCAUGCACUGAAAUAAGUUGAUCUGGAAACACUUGAUCAAAUAUUCCAGCAGUUUAAGGGAAACAUGUACAAAUCAAAACACAGAGGUAUACUUCUAUAAUGUGGUAAAGAAGCUGUGGCAUCAAUAACCUGUCAAACUGAAAUAACCUGAGCAAAUUUAAUCUUAACCAGUGGUUAAACCUCACAUUAUAGACAAUAUUAUCAGGGCAUCCAUGGCGCAUUUCCAUUAAGUUCUUAUACUUAAUGGCUGAGUAAGCAUGCCUGGGUAAUGUUGACAUUUAAUCUUAGUGAUAUUUAAUUAAUGGAAGUACCUCGUGUCUAUAUGUAAUUGUCAUUGUAUUAUAAGAUUUAAGCUAAAGCAGCUGCUGUCAUGGAGGUAUUGCACUAUCCUUUGAAUGUGGGUUGCAGGAAUAUGUUCCUUUACUGAGUGGCAUUAUAUUUGUGUAAUGUAGAAAAUAUGACCAUUUAAGGUCACCUAUUUUCAUUUGUUGCUUACAGACAUCCAGGUUUGGUACAGGUCUGUGAGGGGGCGGCUUCACUGUUCAUGUGCUGGAUUAAUUAAAAUGAACGAUUCCCUUUGUC